AUGUCCAACGCCGGAAUGCAGGUCACCGACUCGCCUUCACCCGCUAUCCAAUGGGCAGCCUGUGAUCAGGCUCUAGCGAUAGACCCUACGCUUUCUUGCGGUUUUUUCGAGGUUCCCCUAGACUACCGCAAUGCGUCUGUGGGGACAGGCAAGCUCGCGCUCAUCAAGGCCAACGCUACGGCUUCACGUCGCGGCACUAUGUUCCUCAAUCCGGGUGGACCCGGAGUGUCCGGAAUCGAGACCCUAAACAGCAUAAGUGCGCUGGUGCUCAACUCUACGGGCGGCGAGUUCGACAUCGUCAGCUGGGAUCCGCGCGGCGUUGGCUCUCUCACAGUCCCUGGUGAUGUCUUCUGCUUCGACAGCGUCGAUGACUACAACACGUUCUGGAACGGGACGGUUGAGCUCAACGGCAUCGAGAUGACCGGCAACUUCACAGACCAGGCCGACAUUGACCGGCUCAUGUCGCAGGCGCCGCUCAUGCAGACGAAGUACGAGGAGCUCGGCCAGCGGUGCAUGAACCACUCGGAUGGGUCAGUCUUGCAGUACAUUGGUACGGCCGCGACGGUCCGCGACAUGGUGGCGAUGGCCGACGCGUUGGACGGGCCCGGCGGCCUCAUCAACUACUGGGGCCAGUCGUACGGCACGCUCCUCGGCGCUUGGUUUAUCGGCAUGUUUCCCGACCGUGUCGGACGCGUCAUCCUGGACGGUGUCUUGGAUCCCACUCUUUUCGAGACUGAGGAGGCAGCCCUGGCAUGGUCUGCGCUGCUUGUAGAUGACGAUCAUGCAUACGAGGGCUUCUACACGGCCUGUGCUCUUGCAGGGUCUGACAACUGCACUCUUGCCUCCGCUGGACAAUCGCCCACGGAAGUGAACGACAACAUCCAAUCGCUGCUCAAGAUCGCACAUGAUUUCACCCUUGCGACGGACGGGCCAGUUGCUGUGACGUCCGGCAUGAUUCGAUCGACGAUGCGGCCGGAGAUCUACUUCCCUUCUGGCUGGGCGGAUCUGGCGAAUACAGUGCUACCCAAGUUUGCACAAGGGGUGCAGCAAGAACUCGGAAACGGGCCAACUAACGGCACUAUCAGCGUGUCUGUGGGCCGUACAUGGUACGGAAAGCGAGAUGAGGCGGACACCGUUGCAUACACCACCCAGGCAAUUCUGUGCGGUGACAGCGUUGACCUUACGGACACGGGCAUUGCUGAAGUGUUCGAGAACAUUAUUAAGACGUCGCAGAAUAUUUCGCACAUGUUUGCCUCAGCUUGGCCGUUUGCCUCGUACUAUUGCUCCACCUGGCCCGUUCGCGCUGUGGAGCGGUUCCAGGGAUCGUUCAGCAACUUGACACUUGCGAACCGCGUGCUUGUCAUAGGCAACACGUUCGACCCGGCGACGCCUUUCUCUUCUGCCAAGAACCUGACUGAUACCCUUGGCGACCAGGCCGCCAUCGUCCGACUCAACACUUUCGGGCAUACCACGCUGGCUGCGCCCUCGGCUUGCAUCGGCGACGUUGUGCGUGCAUAUAUGAAAGAUGGAACGCUCCCCGAGGACAACAACAGCGUAUGCGAGGUUGAUCUCGACUUCGAGGUCUUCCCAGGCGUCACCGUAGAAAGCAUCAUGGCGAACUUGCCCGAUGGCGCCGGUACGCUCUAG